AUGUCCGACGUCACCACACCCCGCUGCAGUCCAUGCUGUCAGCACCGUCCCCGUCCGACAUCACCACAGCCUGCAGCACUCCACGCUGUGAGCACCGUCGGUGACAGACGUCACCUCAGCGUGCUGCUCUCCACGCUGUGUGCACCGUCCACGUCCGACGUCACCACAGCCCGCUGGACUCCACUCUGUCAGCUCCGUCCGUGUCCGACGUCACCGCAGCUUGCUAGACUCCACCCUCUCUGUGCCGCCUGUGUCCGACGUCACCACAGCCUGCUGCACUCCACGGUGGCAGCGUCGUCCGUGUCCGUCGUCACCACAGCCCGUUUGACUCCACGCUGUCUGCACCGUCCGCGUCCGGCGUCACCACAGAACGCUGCACUCCACGCUGUGAGCACCGUCCGCGUCCGACGUCACCACUGCCCGCUGGACUCCACGCUGUCAGCACCGUCCGUGUCCGACGUCACCGCAGCUUGCUGGACUCCACCCAGUCAGUGCCGCCUGUGUCCGACGUCACCACAGCCCGCUGCACUCCACGCUCACCGUCCGCGUCCGACGUCACCUCAGCCCGCUGCACUCCGCGCUGUCAGGGCCGUCCGUGACCAACGUCACCACAGCCCGCUGCACUCCAUGCUGAGUGCUCUGUCCGCGUCCGACCACACCACAGCCCGCUGCACACAACGCUGUCAGCACCAUCCGCGUCCGACGUCACCGCAGCCCGCUGCACUCCACGCUGUCAGCACCGACCGUGUCCGACAUCUCCACAGCUUUCUGUACUCCACCCUGUCAGUGCCGUCUGCGUCCGACGUCACCACAGACCGCUGCACUCCACGCUGUCAUCACCGACCGCGUCCAACACACCACCGCCCACUGGACUCCACACUGUCAGCACCGUCCGCGUCCGAAGUCAGCACAUGCCGCUGCACUCCAUGCUGUGAGCACCAUCCUAUUCCGACGUCACCACAGCCCGCUGGACUCCUUUCUGUCAGCACCGUCCGUGUCCGACGUCACCACAGCUGGCUGCACUCCACCCUGUCAGUGCCGUCUGUGUCUGACGUCACCACAGCUCGCUGCACUCCACGCUGCCAGCACCGUCCGCGUCCAACACACCACAGCCCACCGGACUCCACACUGUCAGCACCAUCCGCGUCGGACGUCAGCACAUGCCGCUGCACUCAACUCUGUGAGCACCGUCCGCGUCCAACAUCACCACAGCCCGCUGGACUCCAUGCUGUGAGCACCAUCCGUGUCCAACAUCACCACAGCCCGCUGCGCUCCACGCAGUCAGCACUGUCCGGGUCUGACAUCACCACAGCCUGCUGGACUCCACGCUGUCAGCACCGUCCGCGUCCGACGUCACGACAGCCUGCUGGACUCGACACUGUCAUCACCGUUCGUUUCCGACGUCACCACAGCCCACUGGACUUUAUACUGUCAGCACCGUCCGCGUCCGCCGUCACCAAAGCCCACUGCACUCCACGCUGUCAGCGCCGUCCGUGUCCGACGUCACCACAGCCCGCUGCUCUUUACGCUGUGUGCACCGUUCGCGUCCGACGUCACCACAGCCCGCUUCACUCCACGCUGUCAGCACCGUCCAUGUCCGAAGUCACCACAGCCUGCUGGACUCCACGCUGUCAGCUGCGUCCGUGUCCGACGUCACCACAGCCCGCUGCACUCCACGCUGUCAGCGCCGUCCGUAUCCGACGUCACCACAGCCCGCUGCUCUUUACGCUGUGUGCACCGUCCGCGUCCGACGUCACCACAGCCCGCUGGACUCCAAUCUGUCACCAACGUCCGCAUUCGACGUCAACACAGCCCACUGGACUCCACGCUGUCAGCACCGUCCACGUCCGACGUCACCACAGACCGCUGCACUCCACGCUGUCAGCGCCGUCCGUAUCCGACGUCACCACAGCCCGCUGGACUCCAGGCUGUCAGCACCAUCCUCGUUUGACGUCACCACAGCCCGCUGCACUCCACGCUGUGAGCACCGUCCGCGUCCAACGUCACAACAGCCCGUUGGACUCCAUGCUCCCGCUGCACUCCACGCUGUCAGCACCGUCCGCGUCCGACGUCACCACAGCCCGCUGGACACCACGCUGUCAGCACCGUCGGCGUCCGAUGUCUUCACAGCCCACAGGACUCCACACUGUCAGCACCGUCCGCGUCCGACGUCACCACAGCCAGCUGCACUCCAUGCUGCCAUCACCGUCCGCGUCCAACUUCACCACAGCACGCUGCACUCCACGCUGUGAGCAUCGCCCGCGUCCGACGUCACCACAGCCCGCCGCACUACACGCUGUCAGCACCGUCCGUGUCCGACGCCACCACAGCACGGUGCACUCCACGCUGUCAGCACCAUCCGUGUCCGACGUCACCACAGCCUGCUACGCUCCACGCUGUCAGUGCCGGCUGUGUCCGGCGUCAUCACCGCCCGCUGCAAUCCUCGCUCAGUCCACACUUUGUAGCAUCGUCCAUGUCCGACGUCACCACAGCCCGCUGCACUCCACGCUGUCAGCACUGUCCGCGUCCGACGUCUUCAUAGCCCACAGGACUCCACACUGUCAGCACCGCCCUCGUCCGACGUCACCACUGCCCGCUGGACUCCACGCUGUCAGCACCGACCAUGUCCGACGUCUCCACAGCUUGCUGUACUCCACUCUAUCAGUGCCGUCUGUGUCCGACGUCACCACAGCCCGCUGUGCUCCACGCAGUCAGCACCGUCCGGGUCUGACAUCACCACAGCCCGCUGGACUCCACGCUGUCAGCAAGCGUCCGCGUCUGACGUCACGACAGCCUGCUGGACUCGACGCUGUCAGCACCGUUCGUGUCCGACAUCACCACAGCCCGCAGCUCUUUACGAUGUGUGCACCGUUCGCGUCCGACGUCACCACAGCCCGCUGCAUUCCACGCUGUCAGCACCGUCUGUGUCCGAAGUCACCACAGCCUGCUGGACUCCACGCUGUCAGCAGCGUCCGUGUCCGACGUCACCACAGCCCGCUGCACCCCAUGAUGUCAGCACCGUCUGCGAUAGACGUCACCACAGCCCGCUGGACUCCACACUGUCGGCACCGCAUGCGUCCAACGUCACCACAGCCUGCUGCACUCCACGCUUUCAGUGCCGUCUGUGUCCGACGUAACUACAGCCCACUGCACUCCACGCUGUCAGCGCCGUCCGUGUCCGACGUCACCACAGCCCGCUGCUCUCCACGCUGUGUGCACCCUCCGCGUCCGACGUCACCACAGCCCGCAGCACUCCACGCUGUCAGCACAGUCCGUGUCCGACGUAACCACAGCCUGCUGGACUCCUCGCUCCGGCUCGAUUCCACGCUGUCAGCACCGUCCGUGUCCGACGUCACCACUGAUGCAGCAGUCCACGCUGUGAGCAUCGUUCAUGUCCGACGUCACCACACCCCGCUGCACUCCAUGCUGUCAGCACCGACCCCGUCCGACAUCACCACAGCCUGCAGCACUGCACGCUGUGAGCACCGUCCGUGUCCGACGACACCACAGCAGGCUGCACUCCACUCUGUCAUCACCGUCCGCUUCCGACGUCACCACAGCCGCCUGGACUCCACGCUGUCAGCACCGUCCGUGUCCGACGUCACCACAGCCCGCUGCAAUCCACGCUGUCAGCACAGUCCGUGUCCGAUUUUACCACAGCCCGUUGCACUCCACGCUGUCAGCACCGUCCACGUCCGACGUCAACACAGACCGCUGCACUCCACGCUGUCAGGACCGUCCGCGUCCGACGUCACCACGGCCAGCAGCACUCCACGCUGUGAGCACCGCCAGUGUCCAACGUCACCACAGCCCGCUGCACCCCACGCUGUCAGCACCGUCCGCUUCCGACGUCACCACAGCCCGCUGGACUCAAAUCUGUCACCAACGUCCGCUUCCGACGUCAACACAGCGCACUGGACUCCACGCUGUCAGCACCGUCCACGUCCGACGUCACCACAGACCGCUGCACUCCACGCUGUCAGCGCCGUCCGUAUCCGACGUCACCACAGCCCGCUGGACUCCAGGCUGUCAGUACCGUCCUCGUUUGACGUCACCACAGCUCGCUGCACUCCACGCUGUGAGCACAGUACGCGUCCAACGUCACAACAGCCCGUUGGACUCCAUGCUGUGUCACCAUCCGUGUCCGAUGUCACCACAGCCCGCUGCACUCCACGCUGUCAGCACCGUACAGGUCUCACAUCACCACAGCCCGCUGCACUACACGCUGUCAGCACCGUCUGCGUCCGACGUCACCACAGCCCGCUGGACUCAACGCUGUCAGCACCGCCCGGGUCUGACUUCACCACAGCCCGCUGCACUCCACGCUGUCAGCACCGUCCGCGUCCGACGUCACCACAGCCCGCUGGACUCCACGCUGUCAGCACAGUCCGCGUCCGAUGUCUUCACAGACCACAGGACUCCACACUGUCAGCACCGUCCGCGUCCGACGUCACCACAGCCCGCUGCAGUCCACACCCGCUGGACUCCACGCCGUCAGCACCGUCCGUGUCCGACGUCACCGCAGCUUGCUGGACUCCACCCUGUCAGCGCCGUCGGUGUCCGACGUCACCACAGCCCGCCGCACUCCACGCUGUGAGCACCGUCCGCGUCCGACGUCUUCACAGACCACAGGACUCCACACUGUCAGCACCGUCCGCGUCCGACGUCACCACAGCCAGCUGCACUCCAUGCUGCCAUCACCGUCCGCGUCCGACGUCACCACAGCCCGCUGCACUCCACGCUGUGAGCACCGUCGGUGACAGACGACACCACAGCGCGCUGCUCUCCACGCUGUGUGCACCGUCCACGUCCGACGUCACCACAGCCCGCUGGACUCCACUCUGUCAGAUCCGUCCGUGUCCGACGUCACCGCAGCUUGCUAGACUCCACCCUGUCAGUGCCGCCUGUGUCCGACGUCACCACAGCCUGCUGCACUCCACGGUGGCAGCGUCGUCCGUGUCCGUCGUCACCACAGCCCGUUUGACUCCACGCUGUCUGCACCGUCCGCGUCCGUCGUCACCACAGCACGCUGCACUCCACGCUGUGAGAACCGUCCGCGUCCGACGUCACCACUGCCCGCUGGACUCCACGCUGUCAGCACCGUCCGUGUCCGACGUCACCGCAGCUUGCUGGACUCCACCCUGUCAGUGCCGCCUGUGUCUGACGUCACCACAGCCCGCUGCACUCCACGCUGUCAGCACCGAACGUGUCCGACGUCUCCACAGCUUUCUGUACUCCACCCUGUCAGUGCUGUCUGCGUCCGACGUCACCACAGCCCGCUGCACCCCUUGCUGUGUGCACUGUUUGCGUCCGGCGCCACCACAGCCCGCUGCACUCCACGCUGUGUGCACCGUGCGCGUCCGACGACACCACAGCCCGCUGCACACAACGCUGUCAGCACCAUCCGCGUCCGACGUCACCGCAGCCCGCUGCAUUCCACGCUGUCAGCACCGACCGUGUCCGACGUCUCCACGGCUUUCUGUACUCCACCCUGUCAGUGCCGUCUGCGUCCGACGUCACCACAGACCGCUGCACUCCACGCUGUCAUCACCGACCGCGUCCGACACACCACCGCCCACUGGACUCCACACUGUCGGCACCGUCCGCGUCCGAAGUCAGCACAUGCCGCUGCACUCCAUGUUCUCGCUGCACUCCACGCUGCCAGCACCGUCCGCGUCCAACACACCACAGCCCACCGGACUCCACACUGUCAGCACCGUCCACGUCCGACGUCAGCACAUGCCGCUGAACUCAACUCUGUGGGCACCGUCCGCGUCCAACAUCACCACAGCCCGUUGGACUCCAAGCUGUGAGCACCAUCCGAGUCCAACAUCACCACAGCCCGCUGCGCUCCACGCACCCGCUGGACUCCACGCUGUCAGCACCGUCCGCGUCCGACGUCACGACAGCCUGCUGGACUCGACGCUGUCAGCACCGUUCGUUUCCGACGUCACCACAGCCCACUGGACUUUAUACUGUCAGCACCGUCCGCGUCCGCCGUCACCAAAGGCCACUGCACUCCACGCUGUCAGCGCCGUCCGUGUCCGACGUCACCACAGCCCGCUGCUCUUUUCGCUGUGUGCACCGUCCGCGUCCGACGUCACCACAGCCCGCUGCACUCCACGCUGUCAGCACCGUCCGUGUCCGAAGUCACCACAGCCUGCUGGACUCCACGCUGUCAGCAGCGUCCGUGUCCGACGUCACCACAGCCCGCUGCACCAUACGCUGUCAGCACCGUUCGCUUUCGACGUCACCACAGCCCGCUGGACUCCAAUCUGUCACCAACGUCCGCUUCCGACGUCAACACAGCCCACUGGACUCCACGCUGUCAGCACCGUCCACGUCCGACGUCACCACAGACCGCUGCACUCCACGCUGUCAGCGCCGUCCGUAUCCGACGUCACCACAGGCCGCUGGACUCCAGGCUGUCAGCACCAUCCUCGUUUGACGUCACCACAGCCCGCUGCACUCCACGCUGUGAGCACCGUCCGCGUCCAACGCACAACAGCCCGUUGGACUCCAUGCUGUGAGCACCAUCCGUGUCCGAUGUCACCACAACCCGCUGCACUCCACUCUGUCAGCACCGUACAGGUCUCACAUCACCACAGCCUGCUGCACUACACGCUGUCAGCACCGUCUGCGUCCGACGUCACCACAGCCCGCUGGAAUCUACGCUGUCAGCACCGCCCGGGUCUGACUUCACCACAGCCCGCUGCACUCCACGCUGUCAGCACCGUCCGCGUCCGACGUCACCACAGCCCGCUGGACACCACGCUGUCAGCACCGUCCGCGUCCGAUGUCUUCACAGCCCACAGGACUCCACACUGUCAGCACCGUCCGCGUCCGACGUCACCACAGCCAGCUGCACUCCAUGCUGCCAUCACCGUCCGCGUCCAACUUCACCACAGCAUGCUGCACUCCACGCUGUGA